GGACAGUGGAGGGACGGUCUGCUCAUGGCACUCAACUUGCAGCUGGAGGAGAGCUGCAGAGAGGGGAAACAACUGAACAGCGGGGAAUGAGAUUAAUGCACAGGUAAAAAUUGGUCGACCACAGUUGGAUGCACGAGUCACGAAUUGAAUUGUCUGAACUUGUAGAUUAGAUUAUUGUUACCAGGUGGGAAUAGAUCUGCAGUGGAGGGAAAGCAAGACAAGAUGUGCUACGUCCGUGGCGCCACUGGUGCGCUAUCUGGGGACAGAGUGAGCGACGGCUACGCGCGGACACCCCGCUUUUAGAUGGCUCCAACAUUUGGGGUGCAAAACAGGUGUCAGGGAAGUGUCGUCACGAACCCCGGAAGCCGGAGGAGGUGGGAACAACAGAGGGAAAGAUGGCAGCGAAAUCCGAUGGUCGCGGGGUCGUCACCGGUUUCGCCCAGCUGCACAACCUGGACGAGGUGGUGGGGACGGGAGAGGACGACACUCGGAACGGCAGUUCAUUCCACAUCUGUCAUUGCUGCAACACCUCGUCGUGCUACUGGGGCUGCCGGAGCGCCUGCCUGCAUUACCUCCGGGGGAAGGGGAAGGGAAAGGGGAGAGAUGCGGCGCGGCCACCGCAGGAGGAGCGCCUCUGGCUGGACUGCCUGUGGAUCAUCCUGGCGCUGCUGGUCUUUUUCUGGGACGUGGGGACCGAUUUAUGGCUGGCCAUCGACUAUUACCACAAGCAGGACUUCCUGUGGUCAGGCCUGACCCUGUUCUUCGUGUUGGUGCCCUCGGUUCUGGUCCAGAUCCUGAGCUUCAGGUGGUUUGUGCAGGAUUACACUGGGGGCGGACUGGGCUCCGUGGAGGGGCUGAGUAGUCGAAGAGCAGCCAGUCUGCAAAGAGACAGGUGCUGCCGCCUCUCUGUCUGGGUCUGGCAGACCGUCAUACACAUCUUUCAGAUGGGACAAGUGUGGAGGUACAUCCGCACCAUGUACCUCGGUAUACAAAGUCACCGGCAGAAGGAGAACCAGCGGCGUUUUUACUGGGCUAUGAUGUACGAGUAUGCCGAUGUCAACAUGCUGCGACUGCUAGAGACCUUCUUAGAAAGCGCCCCUCAGCUGGUGCUGCAGCUCUGCAUCAUGAUCCAGAGCAACAAGGCUGAGUGGCUGCAGUGUGUUUCUGCCAUGUCCUCCCUCCUGUCCCUGGCCUGGGUGCUAGCUUCUUACCACAAACUCCUCCGUGAUUCACGUGACGACAAGAAGAGCAUGAGUUACCGAGGUGCCCUGGUGCAUCUGUUCUGGCGCCUCUUUACCAUCUCCUCACGGGUGCUCUCCCUUGCCCUAUUUGCCUCUGUUUUCCACAUCUACUUUGGCAUUUUUGUGGUGCUCCACUGGUGUGCCAUGGCUUUCUGGGUCAUCCAUGGUGGCACCGACUUCUGCAUGUCCAAGUGGGAGGAGGUACUGUUCAACAUGGUGGUGGGCGUGGUCUAUGUCUUCUGUUGGUUCAAUGUACGUGAGGGCCGGACGCGGUACAGAAUGGUGGCCUAUUACACAGUAGUACUGUUAGAGAAUGCCAUCCUCAGCUCCCUUUGGUAUGCGUACCGCGACCCAGCCACCACUGACGCCUAUGCCUCUUUUGCCCUCUGUGGCGUCUUCCUGUGCUUUGCCUCAGGUGUGGCCUGUAUGGUUCUCUAUUACGGUGUUCUACACCCCAUGGGCCCUCGGCUGAGGGUGCUAGCCAGCUCCUGCUGUGCUGAGCUGCUGUGGGGCCUUCCAUUACCCCCCGAGGCCGAGCCCAUGGCACCCACUCCAGGCCCCCGUGGCUCUCAGGCCACCCCCACACGGGGUCUGGCAGGGGAACAUGAGGAGUCCGAUGAAACAGCCACGGACACCUGCCUUCCGGUUUUCCAGGUGAGGUCCACAGAGCCUGUGGAUGCAGCUGGCAGGCCUAUCCGGCCUGAGGGUCCUCUCAUCAAGAUAGACAUGCCCAGAAAACGCUACCCAGCCUGGGAUGCACACUUUGUGGAUCGGCGCCUGCGCAGGACCAUAAAUGUGCUGCAGUACAUUAGCCCUAAUGCGGUGGGCAUCAGGUAUAGGGAUGGCCCGCUUCUUUAUGAACUCCUGCAGUACGAAUCCUCCCUCUGAAGGCAUCACCCACAGCUCUGUCACCUCCUCUUACACACAACGAUGCACAUGCGUUUCCUUUCUUUCAUUCUGCUCUUCCUCUUCUCCAGAUAUUAUCUCUUUCCAUUUGACUCAGCUCUCUUCUCUUCUGUCCUCUAUGAUCAUUCAAUUUUUCUGCAGGAGAUGUGUGUUUUGUCAACUGAAAAUCUGUCAAGACAGUCUAAACAAUACAGUCCCGAGAGAAAAUUAUGAACCUACAAUAUCUUAUGUGAUACAUACAGAAGUCUCAUAUAAUUCCCUCUACAUUGAUAGAGGAGGGUUCUGUAUGAGUGUGUAGAUAACAUAUGAAUGUUUCAUUAUGAAAUGUGUUUAAUGCAUUAUACUGUAUUGGUGAUUCAACCUGUGAAUAAUUGUGAAGGGCAUAUUGUACGUCCCUGUGACAUGGGACUGGCGCAAAGCCUGAUGGGAAUGAUGGAGGAGAGUCUCCGAGGGGCCAGGUCUUUGCACAUCCCAACAUUUACUGCCAUUCUUUAUGUAAAUUAUUGAAAUGUAUGAUAAUGUUUACCAUGUCCUUAGCCCUUAAAUUAAAAAGCACUGAAAUUUCUAUCAUGAUACUAUUACAGAAAGGACACAAUCAAAGAUGUGUCUAAGAGAAGCAAUUCAAAAUGGAUUCUCCCUUCUGUGAGCUUACGUGGCUCAAGUAUUUCCUGGCUGUACUAUUUUUGUUCAAAAUCCUAAAUCGUAAUCGCAUCAUGUAUGGAAGAAAAAAGAAGCACACUGACCUUCAAUCAGUUCCACCCACAUAUUCAAUUUUUACAGUGCAGACUGCCCUCCAGUGGAGGCAAGCUGUAACAGCACGCCUUACUUGGUCAUUUCUGCUCAUAGUUGUGAAAGCACAAAAUAUUAAGAUAAGCACCUGAGGUGAAAAAACACAAUGGAAGGAAUGUAGAAUGUAGUUGAAAUGAGCACAACAUUUUCUAAAUUGGUGGGUAGAAAAUCAUAGUAAGAAACAUUCCAAAGACUUUUUUUUUAAAAGAUUGUAUGUGUUUAGCAAAGGGUAGAAGGGUACAACUGUGUGUUAAAACGCACUUUUUUUAAAAGUGCAAAGACAGCCUUCAAAGAAUCCUCCACCAUUCCCUUCUGAAUCCUAGAAAGUACUCCCUUAUCCAACCUCCUUAUUUUGUUUUCUUAUCAACAAAUGUUUUAGGUUUAUUAAUAUAUGCGUAUUGGGUGCAAAGACUUGUUAUAAGUUCUUGAAAAAAAUAUGACAAAUCUGGGAAGAUAUUUCUAUGCUAUUAUACUUCAGUGCGUAUUUGUGUCCACAUUUAUAGUAAUUGACAUAACUAUAUUUUGCCAGAACACACACUUUUUUACAUAACAAAAAAUGUUGUGCAGUGCAGUGUUAAAAGGUAUACUCCUCAACAUCAGUGUGCCCUCAAAGAGGUUAUACUCUUACAUGGGUGUACAGGGCAACUGUUCCGGCACCUGCUAGCGCAGUUGAAACAAAGCCAAAUCGCAUCUUACAGUACUGUCUUUCCAACUUAUCUGCCCCCUUGAACCAGUAGAAUGAGUCCUUCCAAAAUGUGUGCAAUUAUACACUGAAAUACAUCUCCCAGCUGAACCUGCGGGAGCUCUCCACUACAGAUACAGACCACUGUAUUCACUCAUGACAAAAAUAAAAUAAAAUAAAAAAAACAUGCCUUCUAUGUCAAAGGAGCUUGACUAAAAUUUCCAGCGAGGGCUACUGAACAAUUCAUGAGAAAAAUGAAUGCAUUUCAUACUCCAAUUUUAUCUAUUUACUCAAAUGAUUCAUCUGAAUAUAUAAUGUGUGUUUUUUACAUUGCAGUGUUUGGCAUGACUUUAGUAUGAGGCAUUAGUACAAAUGCACCCAACAAGGGAUGGCCAAGAGCCCUACACAAAACAGAGAUUCCUUUCUCCUGGCUUACUGGCUUUCUGCUUAGCUGUGGCCACACGUGCCUGCUAACAUCGUACUGUAAAAGGCCGAUGCCAUGUAAGUCCAGGCCAAAGGUGGUGAGAGGGGUUUUUUGCCAGGGUUGGAAAAGAACAUGAGAACAGAUCAUGAUAAAGGGCCUGACUGGAGUAUGGAGGAUGAUUCCUUGUAUGCCUGUGUGAGAAAGAUAAGUGUUUACCUUUCAGCAUGUACUGUACAACCUACAGUAUGCAUUAGGGGAUGUAAGUAUGCUUGCGUGUGUACGCAGGCUUGUCUGUGUGUCUCCUCAGCCCUUUUCCACAGUUCUGUUCUCUCUCGCCGAUUGUUCGGCUCCAUCCUUGGUUGCUGCUCCGCCCUCUUCCCCAUCUCUGCGGUGCUGGGCCUUGGUACCCUCCAGUGAAACACUCUCACACUCUCUGGUAACUGAACAAUGGGGUUGAGGCUGAACAACUGGAGAUCCUGACAUGAGAACAUGCAAUGAGGUGCACUGCCAUAACCAAGAGCUUCAACAUCCAGGGUCCGCCACCCUUCAGCUUAAAAGCGAUGUUCAGCCCUGAGUAAUUGAGAACUGUUGGGUCAGCUAGGUUGGAGCAAACAUCCAACACACCAUAUGUAUAGAUAUACAUGAGUAUGCAAACAACCAACUUGUUCAUUGUUUACCAUAGUAGCCAGAGUAGUUCCUCUCUGUUGUAGUGAAUGAACAGCCAUGUUAAUAGUUAGUCAAUGAAUGAAUAAUAAAUUGUAAGUAUUGUUAAACUAAAAAAAAAAACUUAAAAAAAACAAGCAAAACAGCCAAUGCAGGGGUUCCUCAGGACCAACAAACAAGACCACUGAACCAGCUGACUCAGGGGUGUCUCAAUGCAGUUCUCAUCCCCAGGCAUGUCCUCAAGGGUCUCCAUUUUUUCCUUAACAUGUUGCAUCCUGGACCACUCCUCGGCUGGGAUUGUAUCACUAAAUUACAGUUUGCACAUUUUGUUUUCUUGGUAAUGAUUACCCAUUCUUAUUAUUAGGGGGAGGGGCAUUUUUUUGUGGUAGUUGGCUGCCUGGCGUAUCCUUUCUAAACACUGCUGACCUUUUCCAAACGUGGACACAUGUCCAAAUCAGGUGCAAAUACACUGUGAUUCAUUCAUUUUUGUGUGUGUGUGUGUGGGAGACGACGGUGUUAUAUAGCAUUAUAGACAAGAUUAUGUACAACUGGGCUGCAUUUCAUCUAGUGGUGCUUCAUGUUGUAAAACGCAGAGUAUUUAUGCUUGCUUAACUGUGUCAUUAGGAUAGUAGUAAUGACAGUUAAUUAAACUAAUUGGUUUUAAUUAAGUCUACAAAGAGUCUAUAUGUAGAAAUCUGGAUUUUUAUAACAUGCAGUAUAUUUUAAGUAUUUCUACAGAACAAUCACCAUUUUGCCACAUUCUAUAUUUAGUGAAAAUGAUUAGCUAUAGAAGCUGGUUAAUAAGUGGGUUUUAGUUUUUAUAUUUUUUCUUGUUUUCUUUAAAUUAUAAACGGGUUUCAAGAGCUAAGCUACACAAGAGUGCAAGUGGAAGCCGUUUCUAUACUGUACAGUGUAGUAUUCAGGCUGCCAUACUUUAUACCAUAAACAAGGUCACAAAGAAAUCCCCUACAGAGAAUUGUUUCUGUCAGGUUACCUGCCCAACUCCACAUCCCUCGACAGCCACAACACACAGCAAGAGCGUUUGAACAGCAAGCUUGUUCUUCUCAGUCCUUGUUGUGCCUUGUUACUUUGGGUGCUUCAAUCCAGCCAUGGCAGCCAGGUCCGCAAACAACAAUGCCAAUGUCUUUCUUUACUUGUUUCAUGUGCCAGCACACUCACCAAGAUGAUGACAACACCAAACAAUAUUCUCCCUGUCUGUCUGCCCAAAACCAGAUCAAGCCAAGUUCUCAGUUCUGUCAGCUCACACCUCAAUCUCCAACGCUACUUAGUCUUACAGUUUCAUUCACGUUGUCAUCUACAGGACUGUACUGUUUCCUAGUUACAGUGUUAUAACUAAACUUCAGUGUGUGACAGAACCAAGUGGUGGGUACUGUGUGAAACCCAGGUAUUGGUUCUGUUUAAGACAUAGGAGAAAAAGAAAGGCAAUACUGAACAUCUUCCGUACUUGAACAUAGGGUUCCUCAUCUUUAUUCCGUUUGAAUAAGCUGAAUCACAACAGCCCCAGUAGAUUCAGCGAGUUACAAUUAGCCAUUUGGACUGAGCUUAGUUUUGGACUGUUAGAUGGAUAGUCUUAACAGAUGCCAGCCACGAUACUGAACGAUGUGGUCAAUGAUUGUUUAGUACUUUUGUCUAUGCCUUUACAUCUUCUGUCUUGCAAUGAUGAAUGAUUUGUAGUGCCAAGACGUAAACUUUCUGUGUCGUUUGUCUCGUGUGAACAAUACAUCCUCUAGCCAAAACAAUAAUGCCUGCAGUUGGAAUAAAACAUGGAAGAAGUCAAUGAUGACAAAAUGCGCAAAUAAAUCACUUAUGUUGCAUUUUCUUACAAUGGAAUGAUGAAACAGGCCCGAUCACUGAUUCACUUUUGAAUAACCUCAUUUCCCGGUUUUCCCACCACCUCCCAGCAUGCCUUUAGAACUCAUUGUGAGGUGACCCGCAACAUUUAGCAUGUAUGUGCCCUCGACUGCACAACAAACCCUCUGAUUUCUGCAUUAAUGUGUAGCAGCAGGUCAUUGUAGUGUUUGACUUGGUUUAAGUAUGUACCUUUGUGUCAUGACCAUCUGUUAGACCAUUGGAGCAGUAUGUUCAGAUGAUAAAACGGUGCAUUUUCUUCUUUUACUUUUGAUCCUUCUUUAAUUUUUGUUAAUAACCUGGUGCUGAAUAAAUACAUUUAAAAGGUGCUACCACUGUGGACUCCAGAGUCCACUUUUUGACUUUCUGAGAGCAUAGCCUUCCGGUUGACUGAGAGGGCCUGCGCCCCAUAAACUUGCAGUCUCAAAAUGCUCGAGAGCUAGCACCUCAAAUCCAAACAGUUUACAGCAGAACUCAACUCUCAAUGGUGCCAUUUUAAUUUUCCGAUCUGCACAAAAAACCAACAGUUACUCUACUUAUACAAUGUUUAUUAUACUGGUUUCAGCAUACAGUAUGUUUUUGUUUUACUAUGAUUCAAUCUGCACUAGGAUUUUUUUUUCUCUUUCUUUUCUCUGAGAGAAUGAAACUGGUAGAUGACAAAAUGCAUCUUUUUGGCAAACGCACAGGAGCACAACUGUACUUCUGCUACUGGAAUUUGGGUAAAAAAAAAAAUAGAAUGUGAUUGCUGUGUUGUAAAUUCCUGUCAUCUAUAUGUCCUUAAUCUGUGUGUAUCUAUUUUUGUUGUUAUUGUAGAAUUGGCUGUAAUAUUUUGUUUAAAAAUGGAUUUGAUAUUCCAAUGAAGCGACUAUGGUUGUCAUAUUAAUUGCUGCUGAUUUUUGAAAUUGUUAUCAAAGGUGUUGGGAAAUAUUGCUUUGUUUAUAUUCAAUCAAUUUCUAGAUUGUGUUAGCUUGUUGGUGUAUUUCACAAAUCUAUCAGGAUACUCCCUAGACUAUAUGAUUUAUCUGGGGUAUUCCAAAGGUUGGCACAAUGUCAGUAAGCAAAUUUGCUACAAUCUGUAGCAUCUUUAUGAAAGUGUACUCAUACAACCUAUGUUGUUACUGAGAACUAUAAGGAAUGAUUUCUUUGUUGUUGUUAAAUAUAAAAUGUAAGUAAAUUGUUUCAUGGAAUCCCCGUUCUUUAAAAAAGCAAAACUGAUGUCCUAUUUUUGGGAACAAUAUGAAUACUAUUAAUAACAUAUGGUGCUAAAGUUCUUUUUGUAUGUUUUGGUUUUUAGAUGAAAAGAGAAAUAUUAUGCUGAAAAUGUAAUGUUAAGCCUUACUGUAGAUUCAUAUAUCAGACUGUUCAUCCCAGAAGAGAAAAAUAAAUAUAGUAUUUGAAAGUGCAA